GCUUCGAAACAAACACACACUUACCAGAAACAUAGAAAAGGCUUUUCUUUCACGGACUCGUUUAAGGUCCAUGACUUUCUGAUCAAAACUGUUUAGAUUCCGUCGCUUAUUGUUUUUGGCGCUCUGCCAAAAGCAACUUCUUUUAAUAGGCCAUUUCUUCUUCCAAAUAAACACCCAUCACGGGCCACUAAAAAACAACUUGUUCCUUAACAUUUUUACUUCAUGAUUUGUUCUCUUUUCUCAUACACACUCUAAGAAGAUACAUUAUAAAUACAUUUCACUUGAUUCCCCCAUAACAAACAUAUCCUCUUGCUUCUUUUGUGUUAGAGUUUUCAAGGCCAAAACAAUGGCCAGAACUGAAAACAGAGCAUCCUCUGUUUUCCUCUGUUUCCUUAUGCACUUUGCUGUAAUUUUGUUGAGUUGUGGUGGAGUUAGGAGUCAAGGUUCUCCCAUUUUCGCCUGUGAUGUUGAGAAUAACCCUGCAUUGGCGGGUUUUGGGUUCUGCGACAAAUCGUUGGGCGUGGAUGAGAGGGUGAAGGACCUUGUGGGAAGGUUGACAUUGCAAGAGAAGAUAGGGAACUUGGUAAAUUCUGCGUUGAAUGUGAGUAGGCUUGGGAUUCCAAGGUAUGAAUGGUGGUCUGAGGCACUUCAUGGAGUCUCCAAUGUUGGUCCUGGGACUCAUUUUUCCAAUGUGGUACCUGGGGCAACCAGUUUUCCUAUGCCUAUUCUCAUUGCUGCUUCUUUCAACACUUCCUUGUUUGAAACCAUUGGAAGGGUGGUUUCAACGGAAGCUAGAGCAAUGCACAAUGUGGGGCUGGCUGGUUUGACAUAUUGGUCACCAAACAUUAACAUAUUCAGAGAUCCAAGAUGGGGAAGGGGUCAGGAAACACCAGGGGAAGACCCUCUUCUAGUAAGCAAAUAUGCUGCUGGUUACGUGAAAGGUCUGCAAGAAACUGAUGAUGGGGAUCCCAACAAGCUCAAGGUUGCUGCUUGUUGCAAACACUACACAGCCUAUGAUUUGGAUAGUUGGAAAGGUGUUCAGCGUUACUCCUUCAAUGCUGUGGUGUCAAAGCAAGAUUUGGAUGACACAUUCCAACCACCAUUCAAGAGCUGUGUGAUUGAUGGGAAUGUUGCCAGUGUCAUGUGUUCCUAUAACCAGGUUAAUGGAAAGCCAACUUGUGCAGACCCUGACCUACUUAAGGGUGUUAUCCGCGGCCAAUGGAAACUAAAUGGAUAUAUAGUUUCUGACUGUGACUCGGUAGAAGUGCUUUACAAUGCUCAGCACUACACCAAGACUCCUGAAGAAGCUGCAGCCAAAUCCAUUCUGGCAGGGCUGGACUUGAACUGUGGUAAAUAUCUUGGGCAAUACACAGAAGGUGCUGUCAAGCAAGGGCUUAUAGAUGAAGCAUCCAUUAACAAUGCUGUCUCCAACAACUUUGCCACCUUGAUGCGUCUUGGUUUCUUUGAUGGUGAUCCAAGAAAGCAACCUUAUGGAAACCUUGGUCCAAAAGAUGUCUGCACUCCAGCAAACCAGGAACUCGCCCGUGAAGCUGCAAGGCAAGGGAUUGUGUUGCUUAAAAACAGUCCAGGAUCACUGCCUCUCAAUGCCAAAGCCAUUAAAUCGUUGGCAGUUAUUGGACCUAAUGCUAAUGUUACUAGGAACAUGAUAGGAAACUAUGAAGGCAUACCAUGCAAGUAUACUUCACCCUUGCAAGGCCUAACAGCUUUAGUUCCUACAAACUAUGUUGCUGGGUGUCCUGAUGUGCACUGCAGCAGUGCAGCACUAGAUGAUGCCAAAAAAGCUGCAACAUCUGCGGAUGCAACAGUGAUUAUAGUGGGAGCAAGUCAAGCGAUAGAGGCUGAAAGUCUUGACAGAGUCAACAUUCUUCUUCCAGGACAGCAACAACUUUUAGUCACUGAAGUGGCAAAUGUAUCCAAGGGACCUGUAAUUCUUGUCAUCAUGUCUGGAGGGGGCAUGGAUGUGUCCUUUGCAAAAACUAACACUAAAAUCACAAGCAUAAUGUGGGUUGGCUACCCUGGAGAAGCUGGUGGAGCAGCUAUAGCUGAUGUAAUCUUUGGAUUUCAUAAUCCAAGUGGAAGGCUACCUAUAACAUGGUAUCCACAAUCAUAUGUAGACAAAGUACCAAUGACCAACAUGAAUAUGAGGCCAAAUCCUUCCACUGGUUAUCCUGGUAGAUCAUACAGAUUUUAUAAAGGGAAAACUGUUUUCUCAUUUGGAGAUGGAUUAAGCUACUCGACUGUGGAGCAUAAGUUAGUUAAAGCACCUCAAUUGGUGUCUGUUCCCUUAGCUGAGGAUCAUGUGUGCCGUUCCUCAGAAUGCAAGUCACUUGAUGUUGGUGAUGAGCAUUGUCAAAACUUGGCCUUUGAUAUUCACCUUAGGAUCAAGAACAAAGGGAAAAUGAGCAAUAGCCACACAGUGUUUUUGUUCUCUACUCCUCCUGCAGUGCACAAUGCACCACAGAAACACUUGCUGGGUUUUGAGAAAGUUCACUUGACAGGAAAAUCAGAAGCACUAGUUAGGUUCAAAGUAGAUGUUUGUAAAGAUUUGAGCAUGGUUGAUGAACUUGGCAACAGAAAGGUUGCCUUAGGACAGCAUCUGCUUCAUGUUGGGAACUUGAAGCAUCCUUUGAGUGUGAGGAUUUGAAACAAGGAUUCAAAUCUUCAGCACUCACUCUUUUCUAUUUUUCCUCAUUGGUUCCCUCAUUAAAAAAUGUUGAAGGGGACAGGAAAUUGCAACAAAAAAAAUGGGUAUCAGAAAUAAGUUUUCG